UUUCUUAUGCGCCAUUUCGUAAACAAAACAGGAACCAUUUUCUGACUAAUCACCUUUUGUUAUCAUAUGAUCAUAAAUACCUGAUAUAUUUAUAAACACAACAUUUAGAAAGGUUUUAAAGAAGUAUCAAGGAGAAAAAGAAGGGAAAGAAGAUGGGUUGUAUCAUCGGCUCGCUGGCCUGUUGUUGCGGCAGUGCUGCAUGCAGUCUUUGUUGUGCUGCCUGUCCAUCCUGUAAAAAUUCUACAGCCUCUAGGAUCGCAUACUCUCUUCUGUUGAUUGCUGGCACUGUCAUUGCCAGUCUCUUCCUUAUUCCUGGGCUAGAGACCGAGUUAGAGAAGAUUCCAGCGCUUUGUAAAGAUUACAAGGUUCAAGGAGUAACAGUGAUUGACAGUGAUGGUCGGAACUGUAGUGAUGUGGUGGGGUACCUCUCCGUAUACAGGAUCUGCUUCGCCAUGGCGGGCUUUUUUGUCCUGUUCUGCCUCAUAAUGAUCAAUGUGAAGUCGUCUAAAGACCCCAGAUCUGGCGUCCAAAACGGUUUUUGGGCCAUUAAGAUUCUCGUUCUAAUUGCUAUCUGUGUUGGAGCUUUCUUCAUUCCUAGAGGAGAAUUUGGUAUUGCCUGGAUGUACAUUGGUUUGAUUGGAGCCUUCCUCUUCAUCAUCAUCCAGCUGAUUCUCCUGAUCGACUUCGCGCAUGGCUGGGCAGAGAGCUGGGUGGAGAAAUACGAGGAAACAGAAGCUAAAUGCUAUUAUUUUGGCUUGUUGUUCUUCACCUUCCUGUUUUAUACCCUGGCCAUUGUGGCAGUUGUCCUGUUUUAUGUCUACUAUGGCAGUGCUGAGAGCUGUGGUUUACACAAAUUCUUCAUCAGUUUUAAUCUGAUCCUGGCUGUCGCAAUUUCUGUCAUAGCCAUUUUACCCAAAAUCCAAGAUGUGAACCCUCGUUCUGGCCUGCUGCAGUCCUCAAUCAUUACUCUGUACAUAAUGUACCUCACCUGGUCUGCCAUGUCAAACAAUCCAGACACAACUUGCAACCCUAACCUGAGUUUUACAAAUGGCACCCUGACAGCUUCAGACAGUGGGGACUAUGUUAAGAACAGCUUUGACUACCAGAGUCUGCUGGGCCUGUUGUUGUGGAUUCUGGCCGUGCUCUACUCUAGCAUCCGUACCUCCAGCAACAGCCAAGUGGGAAAAUUGACAAUGUCCGAAAGAACCGUUCUACAGGCUGAUUCAGGUGAUGCUCGACUUAUUGAUGGUGCCUCUGACUCUGGUGAUGAGGAGAAGGGGAAACAACAUGUGUGGGACAAUGAAGAGGAGGGUGUGGCCUACAGCUACUCUUUCUUCCACUUCAUGCUGGCUCUGGCAUCACUCUACGUGAUGAUGACCCUCACCAACUGGUACAGCCCAAGUUCUGACUUCAAGACACUGAAUGCCAACAUGCCCUCGGUGUGGGUGAAGAUCGUGUCCUCCUGGGUGUGUGUGGUCCUGUAUCUCUGGACACUGAUCGCUCCAAUGGUACUCAGGAACAGGGAAUUCAGUUAGAGCGACAUCAGAAAUGGGGGUUUCCCAUUGUAUGGACAUAGAGAAGAAUGGUUUUUACCAUUCUAUAAAUAAAGAUGGUCACUUGUUUUCAUUUUGUUGUGUGUCAGCACAUAUGUGUUUGUUUAAAUAUGAACUUACAAAAAACUUUUCUUAUUGGAAGAACAAUGUAAAUGGAAAAUAAUUUCAUGUCUUAAAAUUUAUCAUGUACAGAGAAACUUUAAAUUGUCAGUUUGAAUCCAUUUGAUAUCUUGUACAGGAGUAGAACUUUGUGUUACUCAAGGACUUUGGAUGUUUAAUUGUAAAUAAUUCAUUGUAAAAAUCAGCAUGUGACAAUUAACUUAGAGAAUAUAUUUCAUCAUUUUAUUUUCUGAUCAAUAUCAGCAGAUUCAUCAUCUUUAGCUUUUGUAAACAAAUUUCUGUCUUUACAAUUUGAUUAGGAAUACGAAUUCUUUUCAUAUCCUGUUCUUUUAACACUGAUAUUUUAUUCAAAUAAUAACUUGGUCUUAUUUCAUUGGAAUUUUCCAUUCUGAUGCUUUAUUCUGUUUAAAUGCCUAAGAACACUGUAUGUCGUUAGAUGUUGUAAUUGCUUCUGUUCAUAAAUCUGUGAUACUUUAUCUGCAUUAAAAUCAGCCUUAAAAAUA